AUGUUUUUUUGUUGUAGCGCCGGUCGGGAGAAGAUUCGUGGUCGUAAAAGUCGUGCCAAGGUUCAGGCUACAGCCGCAGCAGCAUCUGUAAGCAGUAGUGGUGAUCAACCCGGACCAUCAUCGUCGAGUUCAGCUAGCGUUGCGUCUUCUUCGUCGUCGUCCAGAUACAAUAGACAAUUCCAUCUGCAAUCGCAUCAAACUCAACAGCAGCAACAACAAAUCAACGCAACAACGGGACUUUGCAACAGUGUGACGCGAUAUGAAGUAGCGUCGAAGCGAGUGUUUCCGUCGGUUGCUUCCGCAUCAUCGUUGGCUGGUGCACAUGGUGGUCAUCGUGAAGAUGACGGCACCAACGGUCAUGGCAAUCGAGCCAGUAACGCAUCGCAAAUCGGUGUUCCAAAUCAGGAAGAUGCGGGUUUGAUAAUGUCAACAAGUGCGCCACCGUCCAACAGCAGCAGCACCACUGCCGCAGCAGCAGCAGCAACAAUUUCGUCGGCAUUCGAUCACGCCAACUCGCUCAGUUCAUCCGCCGCUAUUCAGUCGGCACAUCACCAGCAAACCGCCGAAAUGCUCUCAGCACAUUCCACAGUGGCUGCUCUCACGAUGCAGUCCCAAGCGCAACAAUCCGUAAACGCACUGCAAUCAGCCGCCAACCAACCACCACCACCACCACCGCCAUCCGCAUCAUCCCAUCAUAAUCACUUACAUCAUAGCCAGUUAUCAAACGCAAAUCAGAUG